CCCAGGGUCAAAACAGUCACCCUGAAGUUACGAAGUAGUCUAAAGUUGAGAAUCUUCACGGGAUCAUUGUUGUUUCCGGUGAAGUGACCAACAAGAAGUGGUUGCCCAUCAAAUUAGUAGAUAAUUUACGCAACCGAAAUAUUGGAAGACCCAUAAAUUCUGCAACUUCAUUACAAUUGGGACGAUUGUGACGAUCAUGCAGAUGGAACCUGCAUGAGGGAUAGUGUUACCAGCCCAAAAAUAGUUGCCGUAACUGGAGGUUUUGUUUCUCUGGUUCCUGGAGAUUGCAAAAAGAUUUGUUUUCAGCUUGGCUAUCUGUAUGCUGCUGCUCAAGAUGGUCGCUUUUGCUACUGCUUAAAUGAUUAUUCUACUCUGACAACUGUAACCAACUGCACUUCACAGUGCUCAGAUGGAAGCAUUUGUGGUGCAACUAGUCCAGUACUUUAUACAUUGUGGAACGCAGUAGCAAGCAGUGGAAAAAUAGUCGUUACUUUGAGCAACACAACUUACACCAAGGGACAAACUGUGACUGCAACAGUCAAUGCAUCAGCUGCUUGGUUGAUAGACUGGGGCGAUGGUUCUGAUCAUAGUGUUAAUAGUACAACACACGUAUAUUCAGUUCCUGGCGAGUUUAUUGUCAAAGGUUAUUUGGAGUCAUUCCCUUACAUAUCAGCCAGUGUUCCUGCUGUCGUGUACGAGGCUCCAAAUGCGUCCCUUGUAUGCCCUGAAAAUGUCCGUGCAUUUCAAAAUGCAACCUGUACCUUAACAACAGUUUCACAAGGCCAGGAUUUUAUUCUUACACGAACCUAUACAGAACCAGGAUUUUCAACCACUACUUAUAAAAUCCCAGGAGAACUGGCAGAAGUUUAUGGCUCUGUUCAAGGGACUAGCUCUCUUAAUACACCGACUACAGUGGCUAGUGGCAAUCUUAUUAUUUUGGAAACAACUCCAGCCAGAGCAGGCAGAGUAGCAAGAAUUGAAGUGAAUGCAGCAACAACAGGCUGGGUUGCUAUUUAUGGUGUGCAACCGUCAUGCACCUCAGGUGCCUACUGCUGGGAAAGUGAGAAUUGCAGUUCAGGCUGCACCCAAUCCUCUCCACCUUUAUCGUGUGCCAGCACUAGUACGCUGUGUGUUUCAUCUAUUCGUUGUUCAGCUGCAUCAUGUGCCGCAACUUCUACUCCAUCAACUGGCUUGAAAUAUCGUUUCAUCAUCAGUUUCUAUGUAACUGUCGCAAAUGCUCCUUUUACAUACCUGCUAGAUUAUUUGACUGUUGAAGUUUAUGAAGGAGAGAGAAUAGCCUUUGGGUGUGCUGUGUCCGCUGAUUGUGGGACUGGCGCUGCUAAGAUUAAUAGUAGGAAUGUUUCCCUUGGGGAAACAAGGGACCAGUUAGCAUCCUACUCUGCUGCCAGUGUGGCUACACCUGGAAAUUUUUCCUCCUCAAAGCAUUUGGUGCGAGUCAUAGUUCGGGAUGACCCUGUGGCAUAUUUGUCAUAUGGUAUAAAUUGCAGUGUUGCAUCUUCAGUACCCACAGCAAAUGUUCCACUCCCAUUUACUGCCGCUACACAGGCAUAUGUUUUACAAGGGCUGUAUAAUUUAACUUACACGAUGAUGAGUGAAUUCAUUGGGACCACCAGUUCUUGGACACAGAUGGUUUCAAUGCGUUGUCAAGAGGAUGUGAUAGCGCCAACUUUACAAAACGAGAUUUGGAUACCAUUAAAAAUACAAACUCCAUUCCCUAUCACAUUUUCAAAGGGUUCUCCAGUGUUUAUCUCCCUGAAUCUUGGGCCGGUAACACAAUAUCACUAUAAAGACAAUGCAACAAAUUAUGUGUGGAAUGUCCCUGUACUAUACAAUGCAACUGGAGAUUAUAAUGUUACUGGGAAUGUGACUAAUGCAUUAAACUGGGUGGGGAUUUCUACUUUGAUGCAUGUUGUGCCAGUUGUUACGAAUACGUGGACUGCCAAUGGAACUUGCCUUUGCUUAGCAUGGACAAAUGGCUUUGAAGUGGUAAUCCAGUUUCCUUCAGCCCCUAAUCCACCAUGGUCAGCAAAUUUUACUGCAACCUACUCUGGUGGCACUCUCAUUCCUCUUCAGCGUCUAGAUUUUGGAACUAAAAGUGGUGGGGGUGCUGCAGUUCCAUUAAGACUAGCUUUCAAUGUUACCAUCAUGACUGUUGGAAAUCAUACUGUGACCUUUACCUUAGUUAAUGAGGUAUCUAACACAACAUUUACUACACAGAUAGAGGUCAAUGCGCCCAUUACAGGGGUCACAACUCUCAUAAAAUGGAUUGAUAAGGGCGUAAUAAAAGCCGGAUUGGGAAAUGCUGGGAACUUGUACAUGUCCAAUGAAACUGUUGUCUUCACUCCUUCUACUUUAACUGGAAAGGCAGAGAAGUGGAAAGUUGCCUUGUAUCCAGGUGGAGAAGUUGUUGUUGAGGCUCCAGGAAGCAACACAACAUUGUCUCACAUAUUCUCAGUGGAGGGUGAAUACAACAUCACCAUUUCUGCAUAUAACCCAGUGCAGGGCUGGGUGUCUUCAGAUCCCAUCACCAUUGGAAUAAUCUCAGAAAUUACUGGCUACAAACUAACAGACAGUGGCGAAAUUGUUAAACCAAAUAUUACUAAGAUAGUCACAGCAUCCUUUGAAGUACUACCACCCACUGCUUGCCUGAUGAUAGACUUUGGUGAUAAAACUUCAGUUGAAACAUGGGGUUAUGCGGAAAGGUGUCAGACUGAAUAUCCAGAGGCGACAUAUAAAGGUUAUCUUGCAAAUCCACAAAACAUCAGUCAUUUAUAUGGUGAUGAGGGCAUUUACACCGUUCGGACCUAUGCUUUUGAUGGUAGGCUCACUAAACGUGUAGAAUUAAGUGUUGUUGUUGCUGAUAUGCCCUGUUCUAUGCCUGACGUGAACAUUUUAGAAAGGGUGUCCACUGUAUCAGCAGCUCCCAAGAUCUGGAAAAGUCUGCAGUUUUUUAGAGCUACCACAUCAAAAGUUAAUUGCAACAUCUCUGUGCCUGUAACACGUUGGUGGACAAUCACACAAGUAGAUUUAAUGGGUGCCCCAGUGAAGGAUAUUAACAUCCAAGCUAUACUACCUUCAUGGAACUUCUCACAGCUUACUGUUCCGUCUGUUUUCCUGGACUAUGGCUAUUAUGAGUUGAGAUAUUUUCUGUUGGUAAAUGCAUCUAAAAUCUUUCCUCUUCAGAGGGAUGACUACACAUAUGUAGAGAUUAUACCGACACCACUGGCUGCCAUCAUCAUUGCAGGAUCCAUGUCCAGCAUAACCAGAGGAUUUGCUCAGACUGCUUUUCUAAAUCCUCAAGGCUUAUCAAUUGAUCCUGAUUUUCCUAGUGACAAGAAUUUCAAUGUGACUUGGUGGUGUCAUCAGCUAGACCCCAAGAAUGAGACGCUACAGAGAGAUAAUCUUGGUAAUCUUAUGCAAUUUAACAACCAUAGUAUACCACCCCCUCUUGAAGCUAUAAAAGCAGGUUUGACAGGUGGCGGAUGCUAUGGUAAAGGUCCAGGAACGAUCAACUUGAACAGUGGUAGUCAAAUGUUCCAGAUGCAGAGUUUUGUCCUUGCUGAAGGUACCUUUGAAAUCACGGCUCAAGUAUCCAAAGACACCAGAAAUUCUACCACUUCUUUAGUGAUAGUUGUUAUGGCAAGCAACCCUCCAACCAUGUCAAUAAGCUGUGCUGAUGCAGACCUCUGUUGGCCAUAUAUGGGAGCUUUGCUGGUUAACCCAUCCUCACGGCUUGCACUUAGGGGCAAAUGCAUAGCUGACUGCUCAGACGAAAUGACAUACAGUUGGCAGCUGUCUGACGGCUCUGGAAAACCAGUGGUAGAGUCAACAGGAACCAAUUGUUCAGCGGCUGAUAAUAAUACUGCGUGUGGAUCAGUUUUUAUGACAAAGAAGACUGAUAGAGAUCUUGCAAUGUCAACGUUAAUUUUUGAGUUAAACCCAUCAACAUUUGCCUUCAAAUUCAAACUCUCUGGUACUAAUACAAUAACAAAGAAAACAGGGUUUGCUGAAAACUUAAUCCUGGUGAAUAAACGUCCUACGGGUGGCACUUGCAUGGUAGAUACAACAACUGGCUAUGCUCUCAUUGAUGAUUUUUUGGUGAAGUGUCAAAACUGGAAUGAUCCAGAAGUUAUGGGUAUAUCUACUUACGCCUUCUAUACUUACUCCAAUGGCACUGCUGGUGUUAAGAAAGCAGUUUUGGUAGCGUCAGGCAAUAAAGAAGUUGAUUUGAUAUUUCCAGUUGGGUUAUUUGAAUUACGUGUUGAGAUCUGGGAUGUACUAGGCAGUUUUAGUGAUGUUUAUAUUGAUUUUAUUAAUGUUUCUAUGCCUUCAAAAGAGGACUUUACUAAUUUUAACUUAUCAUCUGUCCUAGAAAGUGUAAAUGCAACUGGAGAUCAGGUAAAAAUGGGAAUGUUAUUAGUUGCUUCUAGUUCCAUUCGAGAAAAUGCUGACUGGCUCAAGCUCGACUUCAACAUGUCUGGUGUGCUGGACGCAGAUGCAAUUGCAAGACUUAAGGAAAUUUCAGCUAUGAAUUUAGAUGCAUUACAGUUAGCUGAUAAAACGAUGAAUUUUGCCUCUCUCCCUCAACUUAAUGUCGGAGCUGAAGUGCUACAGUCUUCAGUUGAAGGAAUCCUUAAAAGUGACAUUGCUGCUCUUACAGUGGACAUGGCAACAAGAGAAACUGCCUUGAAUUUCCUUGGUAAAAUGACUGAUCAGUUAGAUGGACUGACAGUUUCAUCACCUCAGGAGCUGGUACCCUUUGUCUCUAAAUCUAUGACUGCUGUUACUGCCCUCAUGACUGGGAUAAAUAAAAUAAUUGAAAAUCCAGAAAGAGUACCACCUACUGAUCAGGAGGCAGCUGGUAACUGGGACUAUGAUGUAGAUGUAGAUAGCAUUGACUUAAAAGUUCCCCUAGAUAGAGAAACACAGUUAAAGCAGAAUGUGUUAGAUACUACUAGAUUGAAAGCAAAACAACAAGUAGAUAAAAUGAUGGAAAUUAUUGAAAGUCUCAGCACAAAAAUGCAAAACAAGUUUGUUGUUGGUGAGUCUAUUGCAACACAAACAGAAAGUGGAGCUGCUGUUCUUAUGUCAAAAGUUACGGAGGAAAUUUUACAGGGUGGUAUGUUGCUGGAUCCCAAAGAUGGCACAAAUGCCACUAUUCAGUUUCCUAAAAACUUUUGCCCUUCCCGGCAUUCUGUACCCAAUACAGAUUGUAAGCAAGAACUUGGUAUCACUGUGUUUGUGUGGCCUUGUGUAACACAUGUUUUCCCAAAUACUAAGAGCCUGAUAUCUCAGCAUUCAAAGAUCAUAGAUGUUGCAGUAAGCAUACAAGGUCAUCAAGUGGAUGUAAAAAAUGAAACACUCCCUGUUGUGUUGGAAAUUCCCAGAAGCCCAGAAACCCUACCAAAACCUAUUACAGUAAAUGCCAGUGAACAUAUGAGUAGUGUUCUUCCAUUUGUGUACCACCAGUUUACCAUAACCAACUUUUCAUCUGCUUUCACUUUAGAGAUUGGAGCAGUUGAUUUGCCACCACAGGCUGUGAUAAUAAUAGAUCAUCAAAGGAUGCCUACUCCCUCACAGUUUCAAUGGAUUAAAUUGGUUCAAGAUCUUCCAUUAACAGCAAAUGGCUCUAAUACUUUAUUUAUUAAUGGCAAAGAAAAUAAUAACAGGACUGGCAGAUUUUUUGUUGCUGUUGCCAGCUUAAAGGACAGUGUGAAGUUUCAUGACAUCUUGAAAGUCAGAAACCUAUCCAGGGAAGAUUUCAUAAAAUUCACAGCUCGCUACACUUUUAGAGUUUAUUCCUCAGGCUGUUAUUACUAUGAUAUAAAUAAAGAGCAAUGGUCUGGUGAAGGUAUGUAUCCCAUUGAGGUUACAGAAACAUUAACUAAAUGUGAAACCAUACAUCUCACCCCAUUUGGCUCAGGUCAUUUCUUUAUUCCAAAUGAAAUAGAUGUCCAGUAUGUUUUUGCCAAUGCUGGUUUUGUUGAUAAUCUUACACUGUACAUCAUCCUGAUUUUUCUUUUGGUUUUGUACAUUAUGAUGAUGAUAUGGGCACGAUACAUGGACAAAAAGGAUUUACAGUAUCGUGGAGUAGAACCUUUGGAAGAUAACAGCGUAGAAGAUAAAUAUUUAUAUGAAAUUACAGUGACCACAGGUCCAGACAAGGAAGCUGGUACUGACUCAAAUAUCCAAUUUAUUAUCUCAGGUGAAUACAAUGAGACUGAAGUGAGGAUACUACCUCCCUCAGAGGGUAGACGUUUCCAUCGCUAUAGUGUUGAUGCUUUUGUUAUGGCUACUCCAGGUCCACUUGGGGAUAUCAACUAUUUACGCAUAUGGCAUGACAACAGUGGCCUUCCUCCUUUUGAUGCUUGGCAAUUACAGAGCAUUGUAAUUAGAGAUUUACAGAAAAGGGAGAAAUUUGUUUUCAAUACAGACACUUGGUUAGCCUUUGAUCGAACUGGCACAGUUGAUGUCCUCCUCAAGCCAUCAAAGAAAAUGUUUGAAUCUUUCAGUAGAGAAUUCUAUUUAAAAGGUAAUAGAAGUGCUAAUGAGGAUAAUAUGUGGAUGUCUAUAUUCUUGAGACCUGUUGGUUCAAGAUUCAGCAGAAAAGAAAGGGUUUCUGUAGGAGCUUUAUUUUUAUAUCUAUCAAUGCUUGUUAAUGCUUUGUGGUAUGAGAGGUCGCCUGACAGCCCCAGAGGCGGAUUACUAAACCUGGGACCCUUAACAAUAUCUUUUGAACAAAUUAUCUCAGGUUUGGCAUCAGGAUGCGUAGUAUACCCUUUUACUUUGCUUCUAAUUUUCAUCUUUAAAAGAUCUAGGCCUUACCGACUUAAAAAAUGCCGUGCACUGGAGGCUAUAUCUAGACAGAGACGAAGUGCCUUAGAGCAUGAACAGCGCCCUGUUGAAGAUGACCCUAUCAACAAUUAUGAUCUCGUAAAAUCAAUUUCCCCAAGCAACCCUAGUAAAGACCAGAACAUUGUCAAAUGUAUACCAUGGUGGACACGAUGGUUGGCAUGGUUUUUCAUUCUUGUAGGUAUAGCUGCCUGCAUAUUUCUUGUUUGGUCAUAUGGUGUUAUGUGGGGCGAGAUCAAAACAGCGAAAUGGUUUUCUUCCUUUAUUAUGUCGUUCUUCAUAUCUAUCCUUGUUGUCCAGUGGUUAAAUGUUUUCAUCAUCACAACAAUUGGCUCAGUGUGCUGCAGGAAGGAAGACUUUACUAUUGAGGAUAUUGACUGUGAUGAAGAACUACCACAGCUUAAUUAUGACGAGGAAUGGAAGAACAUGAAGCCCAUGGAUCCUACUAGACGAAAGAAGGUAGCAAAUGUUGCUGGAGUGGAUCCCAGAAACCCAUAUGUUGCAACACUGGCAGUCACACUGAAAAAGAGAAGGGAAAUGCUCUUUGUUCUACGAGACAUUGGAACUUAUUGCAUGUUCCUACUUAUUUUAGCUCUAAUGACGUAUGGAAGGACAGACCCAAAUGCAUUCUUAAUGCAACAGCAGUUGUACAACUCAUUCAUCAAAACUUCUGAUCCAGACUUGAGUUUCGAUUCUCGGAUUGUCAAUUCUGACUGGCUUUGGAGGUGGAUUCAGGAAAUCGUUAUGAAAGAAAUCAGAGCACAGCGGCUGUAUAACAAAGAACCGCCGUAUGGAUUGAAAGGCUUCCUAGGAGAUUUUAAUAAUAGAAUAAUGGGUUAUGGAAUCAUUCGUCAAGUCAGAGUUGAUCCACGUAUAUGUCGUGUUGUUAAACCACUCGACAGAGUGAUAGACUCUUGUUCAGGGACAAGGGGAUUUCAGUAUGAAGAUAACAGAGAUUUCUGUGGUUCUUGGAGUUAUAUUGAUGAUGGUGUAUCUCCACUUUGCAAUCUAGAUGAAUUUCGGUAUCGCAGUGCAAAAAAGUUGCUUACGUAUGGACAGACCGGUAAACUGGGAGACUAUGGUGGAGGUGGAUAUGUGUUAGAUCUAAAGGGUGCUCAGGAUGAUAUUUUGAAACGUUUCACAUUACUGCAGGAACGUGGAUGGAUUGAUAGAUAUACACGUGCCGUGAUACUAGAAUUUUCGGUGUACAAUGCAAACGUUAAUCUCUUUGCAACAGCUUCUGUUAUGGCUGAAUUUAAUGAAGGUGGUGGCAUUAUUCCCAAGUGGAGAUUUGAACCAGUAAGGUUAAUACAAAGUACAGGACUUUUUGGCUGGAUUGUAUUUGCUUCAGAAUGCAUAUUUGCAGUUGUAACUGUGAUGUUUACCCUGAAUGAGCUUUGGAAAAUGAAGAAACAAAAGUGUCAAUAUUUUGAAUCCUAUUGGAACAUAGCUGAAAUUUGCAUUAUUAUUGUUUCAUAUGGAUGUAUUGGAUUAUAUGUUUAUAGAGCCUAUCUAACGAAAGAAGCCACACGUGAAUUCCAACGAACAAAUGGCAAUGGUUAUAUUAGAAUUGACUAUGCAACACUCAUGGAUCAGUUUUAUCUGUACAUGAUGUCAAUUGUUAUUUUCUUUUCGGUUCUAAAACUUAUCAAGCUUCUCCAGUUUAACAAAAGAAUGGAUGUUUUAGCUCUCACUAUUCGUUCGUGCUGGGAUGAGCUUUCUGUAUUCUUCAUAGCAUUUGGUAUUAUUUUCUUUGCUUUCUGUAUGAUGUUUUUCCUAAUCUUUACCACAGCUAUUGAAGACUUUUCAAAGUUUGCAUCUGCCAUUCAAACCAGUUUUAAAAUGAUGUUAGGAAAGUUUGAUUUUCAGGAAAUGAAUCAAGCAAAUCCUAUUUCCCCUAUACUAUUCUUUGUCUUUUCUGUUAUGAACAGUAUGAUUCUUAUUAAUAUCAUGUUGACAAUUAUUCUUCGGGCUUUCAACGAAGUCAAGGUAGAGCUGGCAAAGAAGCAAAAUAAGUAUGACAUCAUUGACUUCGUUUGCUCAGUUGUCCGAAGGAAGAUGAAGCUGGAACCCGUGCCAGAUAAUUCGGUAAAACCCAGUCUAGAAAUGAAGAAAGAUAAAAGUGGAAAGGGCAGCCUUGAUGAGAAUACUGAGCAGCUUCCUGAUAAGGUAAGCCAGUUGAUGACCUACAUUAGUGAUAUGUACUUCAAUGGGAAGGUGAACCUAAAUGACCCUACAGCUGUCAAGAAGAUUAUGCAAAGCACAGUGAAAUCAGCUAGCCAUCGUCCUGUCAACAGCAAAUUAAAUAUGGCUAUUACUGAGAAAAGAAAUGUUAUUAGUAGUGAUUAACUUAUAACUUUUACAUUUAACGUGACAGUUAAAGUUUGUAAUCCUUUCUUUGCAGUCAUUGGUUUGUUAACAUGCCAGUUAAUUGACUUAUACAGUCAUUUAAUAGCCAUCUGCUCUGACAGACUUACAAAGAGGUUAAGUGUUGCAUAUUAAAUGUAGUUAUACUUGACUAUCAACUCUGAUCAUAGUUAUUAGUAGUAAACAUAACAUUUACAUAAAUCAAGGGAGUUGAAAAGGAUGGUCGUUUUAUUAAUAAUUUGUGUUUAAAUAUAAGCUUACUGACUGAUGAGACUUUGUAAUAGCAUGACACUAGACAUUUUACACUUCUGAGCAGUGUUUUACUGUUAUAUACCAAAAAAUAUCUAGUAUUUACCGUCAGAAAGAGAAACUACAUUCAGAUGACAUUGAAAUCAUGUACUGUAGACAGAAGGCCUUAGCACUAUCUUUUUGGAAAUAAAAUAUAUAUUUGACCGUUAAUGGCAUCGUAAACAAGUAUGAUUUAAGAGUAUUUAAUAAACAUGUACUCAAGCAAGAGUUCACUACCAACCUUUGCAUUCCCUAUAUUAUUCAUAUGUCUCAAUUGCCGAAGUUGACAGAGUUGAAAGUACAGUAUACCAUAACCAAAUCCUUUUGGAUUUAUGACUCCAUUUUCCUGAAACCCUGUUUGAGAGCAUUGAAAAACAGGUGGAAUAGCCUGACUACUGACUUAAUUGAUCGUUUCUAUUGCAUGUAAUCACAGUCAGGCCAUGAGACAUGACAGCAGGGUGUUUCCUCUCUGGGAAUAGUGUGGAUGGGAAGCUCUUUACUUUUAUUUACAGUGUGCCCUUUGCUCCUGAACAUAAUAAGUAGUACAAUGUUAGAUGAAACAAAGUAUGAACAGUCGUGCAAGAUUUUGUUAGAAUGACCUGCACAAGCUUAUAUAAUAUAUAUAUAUAUAUAUAUAUAUAUAUAUAUAUAUAUAUAUAUAUAUAUAUAUAUAUAUAUAUAUAUAUAUGGGCGUCCAUAAAUCAUGGUUUAAAUCAAAUUACUUGUAGCUUCAGAACUAUACAUGAUAGAAUUAAUCUGUAAAAAGGAUAAGAAAGCAUAGUAUGUUCAGUUUACAGUUCAUCUAAAGUUUUAUUUAUUAUUUGUUCUAUCAGCUAUUUUUAACAAGUUCCGAAACUUUUUUUUCAGAACUGCUGUUGACCCAAGGCUUCACUAGAAGAGAAAGUAAACUGUGUUCCGUGGUUGGCCAAGUUAAAAUAUACUGUUGUCUAAAGAAGAUAUACAACCCUGUACAAUGAAGAAGCGCACCACAGGAAUUGCAUAUAGCCAGGGGGAUGUAGAAAUUUAAGGAAACAGGUUAUGUUACUGAUAAACCAUGGUCUGGUUGACCAUGUGUUGAUGAAGGAUCUCGCAUCAUUUGAACAAUCAUAUGAAAGAAGUCCGAGAAAUAGAUGAGGUUUUAAAAUCUACUGGAUUUGAUUUGAUUUAUAUAGAAUCUUAGGCUACUGGACCAUAAAAUUCUGCGGAAAUAACUUAAAUUGUAGCUUACACAAUCCAAAUGCAUAACAUGUUAGAAGAGGGUUAUCAUACAAACUAAUUCUGCGGAAAUAACUUAAAUUGUAGGCUUACACAAUCCAAAUGCAUAAUAUGUUAGAAGAGGGUUAUCAUACAAACUGAUUCCUGUCAUCAGUUCAAUGAAAGAAUUAAUACCGAUUAAGCAUUUUGAAUGGCUAUGCAAUUCCCAUGUGGUGCUUCUUUGAUGUAUUAUGUUAUGAAGCCUACUUUGGACAGCGACAGUGCAUUUUAGCUCAGCCAGCCAUAGAAUGAAGUUAGUGUUCUCUUUUACGAAGCUGUGGGUUAACAAAUGCUCUAAAAAAUUAGUUUAAGAAAUGUUGAGAUAUAUUUGAUAAAAAAAGAUAAUGAAUAAAAUUUAUUUUAGAAGAAAAACACUAGACACAUCACACUUUCUUAUCCAAUUUUACGGAUUAAUUCCAUUAUGUAUAAUUAUGAUUAUAUAUAUAUAUAUAUAUAAUAUAUAUAUAUAUAUAUAUAUAUAUAUAUAUAUAUAUAUAUAUAUAUAUAUAUAUAUAAUAUACACUGUACAUGGUAUAUGGAUCUUUUCUUUCAUGAAUUGACAUGCCUUUCUGGAAGUUUAGGCAAAUUGGAUUAUUAAAAGAAUUAAUUUUAUUCCUGUGUUUAUACUUAUCUAUACAUAAGGCCUUAUGACUUUGUAAUGACAUGAUAUAAAAAUUUAGUUCAAUGCAGUUUCCUGGUCUGUAAAUCAAAACUAAAUUACAAAUAAAGUGUUGACUUCACUUGG